AUGAGCCAUGUUAGCGCUCCCAUUGAUGAUGUGCUCCGGGACUACUCCCAGAUACCCUCUAGUGGUUGGGCGCUGCUCAUCCUUCUUGCCAUCAGAGGUAGAACUGGCUUCCACGUCUGGCAACUGUACUGCACGCCUUAUAACCUUCUGCCGAGCAAUCGACAUCAUGGUGGAAGGAUUGAGAAGGAUCUAAUGUCGUAA